UUCUACUUCGUCCAUAUGAUGUUCAUCCUGCUUAGCCGCUACUUAUUGACCGUAACGGGAAGAGCGCUCCCUCUUCCUUUCCAUCUGCGAAAUGAUUUGCCCUUGUUUUACAUAACAUUCAAACUCAAGGAACGUGGGAGUAAUUAUAUUAACGACAAAUCCCACUUCGUUACGAUGGCAUCAAGAACAAUAUGGGAUCACACUCGCUCAGGAGCACUGCAAUAUAACAUAGGGGAACAUAGCAGUUGCCGUUCAGAAUGUAACGUGUUACAUGUGAUCGUGUAUCGUUGAU